UGGGGUCGCUCGGCGGGCGCUCAGAAAGCUGGGGCGGCGACUGUGUUAGCCGCGGGCUCCGGGGCUCUCCCGCUGCGCUGAGGAUGGACAGCAGGGCGCGGAGCUCUUCGAGGGAGGCGCAGCGGCGGGGUGGUAGGUCCUCCUCUAGGGAGGACAGGAGGGCGAAGGCCGAGAGGGGCAGCAGAGGCCGCGUGCGCCGGGAGGCUGGGUCAGAGCGGCGGAGCGCCGACCGGACGGGGACCCGGGGGGAGCCCCGAGCUCCCGCCGCCACCGUAGUGGACGUGGACGAGGUUCGGGGCUCCGGUGAAGAGGGCACCGAAGUGGUGGCGCUGCUGGAGAGCGAGCGACCAGAGGAAGGUGUCAAGGCCUCUGGGUUAGGAGCCUGUGAGUGGCUUCUUGUCCUUGCCUCCCUGCUCUUCAUCGUCAUCACUUUCCCUUUCUCCAUCUGGUUCUGCAUCAAGGUCGUACAAGAGUAUGAAAGAGUAAUUAUAUUCCGACUGGGACAUCUGCUUCCUGGAAGAGCCAAAGGUCCUGGCUUGUUCUUUUUUUUGCCCUGCCUGGAUACCUACCACAAGGUUGACCUCCGUCUCCAGACCUUGGAGAUACCUUUCCAUGAGGUGGUAACCAAAGAUAUGUUUAUAAUGGAGAUAGAUGCUGUCUGCUACUACCGCAUGGAAAACGCCUCUCUUCUUCUAAGCAGUCUUGCUCAUGUGUCCAAAGCCAUCCAGUUCCUGGUGCAAACCACCAUGAAGCGCCUCCUGGCGCAUAGAUCCCUCACUGAAAUUCUCCUGGAAAGAAAGAGCAUUGCCCAAGAUGUAAAGGUUGCCUUGGAUUCAGUGACCUGUAUUUGGGGGAUCAAAGUGGAGAGGACUGAAAUUAAGGAUGUAAGGCUGCCGGCUGGGCUUCAGCACUCUCUGGCUGUGGAAGCUGAGGCGCAGAGACAGGCCAAAGUGCGGAUGAUUGCUGCAGAAGGGGAAAAGGCUGCUUCUGAGUCCCUGAGGAUGGCAGCUGAGAUUCUGUCGGGCACCCCUGCUGCUGUUCAGCUUCGAUACCUGCACGCUCUUCAGUCACUGUCCACAGAGAAGCCGUCCACUGUGGUUUUGCCUUUACCAUUUGACAUGCUAAACCUUCUGUCUCCUCCUAGCAGCAGAGCACAAGGAAGCAUCAACUACCCAAAUUCUUCCAAACCUGUUGAACCACUAAAUCCCAAAAAGAAGGACUCUCCUAUGUUAUAGGGGUGCAUUGGCAAAAAGCAAUGUUAAUCUGCCAUAUAAAGCCAUAUCCCUGAGUGAGGCAUUCAGUCCUCCCUGCCCUUGUUUGAUUGCCAAACAGGAUGCCUUUUGAAUGUAUGAUGUCACAAGAUGGCCACGUGGAUGAGAACACAGUGAAAUGACAGUGGCAGAGAAGGCAUCUAACGACAGGUGGAUUAUCUCAUAGUAACUGCAGGAAGGAGAUUUAGAAUUUUGAAUCUACACGUGGUUCGAUUUUGAUUUCUGAAGACUUAGUUCAAAUAUCCUCCACUUCGUGUCACCUGGCUCCUUCAACAAAGGGGUUUGCAGAUCCUGCAGCCCCUCUGUGAGCACCUAGAGGCCUCUCCUUUUGGCAUUCUUCCAGACUCCCACUAAGCACAACUGCUGGCUUGUAACUUUUCCAGCCUAAAAUUCCAAACUCUCGCAAAAUAUGUUGUCCAAAGGUGUAAAAGCCUCUUAGCCAGACUUGUCAUGGUAACAAUCCCACUUCCUCAGAACCAGUUCUGUUCUAGUUUCAUUUCUGUUUCAUGAUAAAAUGUUCCAGCAACAAGAAACUUAAAAGGAGAAAAAAAAUUAUUUUAGCUCACAUUUCCAGGUUAUAGUCCAUCGCCGUAGGGAGUUAAGGCAGGAGCUUGAAGCAACUUAGCAUAUGUGGAAAUGCAGGCCGGAACCUGAAACAACUGGUCACAUCACAGUCAAGUGCAGAAAGAAAUUACAUGAUGCUUAGUUGCAUGAGUUCAGCUCAGUUUAUCUGCUCCUCCAGUUCACGGCUCUGGGUCUAGGGAAUGGUGUCGCCUACCAUGGGCUGGGUCUUCCCACAGUGAUUAACUUGAAACAGUCCCUUACAGACAUGCCCACAGGACAAACUAACGUCAAUAUCCAUCAUCAGUCUCUUCUGGGGUUAUUCUAGGUUAUUAUAUCAAGUUAGCAAACAAAACUAACCAUCACAUCUACAUAGCAAUGCCCUGUCUCCAAGCCAAAAACAAAUGAGUCACUUGUGCCAGCAUUUGAAAAAGUAAAGCCUAGACCAGUGGUUCUCAACCUUCCUAAUGCUCUGACCCUUUAGAGUUCCUCAAUUUGCGGUGACCUCCAACCAUAAAAUUAUUUUCAUUGGUACUUUAUAAUUAACUUUGCUACUGUUAUGGAUCAUAAUAUAAAUAUCUAUAUUUUCUGAUGGUCUCAGGCGACCCCUGUGAAAGGAGUUGACAACUGCUGGCCUAGAGGAUACAGAUAAAUGAUUAUUAUAUAUGGUUACCUAAUCCUAAUAUCUUCUAACUUUGAGUCCUGCUUGUGUUCUGUUUAUGACAUCUGUUCCAGGCACAGGCAUAGUUGAGAAAAUUUCAAAUAAAGUCCUAACUGCGUGUUGUCAUGUACAAUAUAUUUCAGUGUAUACAACUUUGUGCUAGAGAAUUCUCUUAUUGGUAAGAAAUUAUUCUGAUAACCAACCAGGGACAGGUGUCAGGAUGUUAUCCUUUAUGUAAUACAGAUUUUAUGGAUAUAAGAGUUACUACUGACAACAAAGAAUGAUAGAACAGAUGUGGGCACGUUCAUACUCUGUCUUUUAAAGGUACACCUGAAUGCAAUAUUGUAGAAAAUAAUCUUCACAUACAUAGUAUUUAUAGCUUAGCUUACAUAUACUGCUAAUGGUUUGUUCCCCGUUAGAGACCCUCCAUGGCCCAGGUGCUCCUUGGAGGAGAACACUGUUGAUACCAACAGAAAUUAACUUGACUUAGAGUUUCAAGAAGUGUAUGAGCCGAAACCUACAGAAUGAGGGGGAAAUAAAAGGAAUGAUAACAAGAGAAACGUAGACAUCAGUCACACAUCUCAAAAGUGUGGCUGGCCUCCCGCCCGGAGUCUAGCAUGGCUGGCUGACUGCCUUUGUCCUAACCAUCUCCACUUCUCCCCGUAUAAGCUGUUGGGGAUCAGACUGAAGAUGGGUCUGAGCUAUUAAACUGCUGUCAUCUCAGAUUGCUUGCUCUGUGAAUAAAGUAGGAUUUUAUGAUUCA